CUUCCAUAUGCGAUCGACAGCGAGUUCGCAUUUAUCACGGAGUUUCAUAAAUAAAUUAUAUAUACGCAACUUCGAAGACAUCUGGCGACGCUGAUUUCCGGCUGAUGAAAAAAGGCGGGCAGCAAAAAAGCUGCGUUUUCAAUCGAACUCGGUUCGGGAGCUUCAAAUUUCUUCGACAUUCCCCAACAAGAGCUUUGUUCAAACGCGCUCUCAACACACCGAUCAGCCCAUGCCGCGAUGUGACUAUUCAACGAAUAUCGAGAGGAUUUCAAACGUCGAAGAAAAAUAUUUGUUUUUCAACGCUCUCACCAUUUUUUGGCGUCUGUACACUGCGCCCCCCGCCCCUCCUUAAAUUCCGCAACCUCGCACACUAUACGAGAAAAUUUCAAUGCACGAGAUCGAAGCGUUUUUUUUCCUCCUCCUCCCCUCGCGUAUAUUCACGCGGAUAUGGCGGUAUGAAAUUGCAGUAUUUGCGGAACUUAUCGCGAUAUUGCUUUUGUCUUUGACGAAGAAGAAGAAGCAAGCAGCGCAUAUCGAUCGCGGGCACUCUGACGUCGUCUGUUUGGUUUCUAGGGCCUCCUCCAGCCCAACACACGCGCGAACCCCUAAAGUAAACCGUUUUUUUAUUCUCUUUCGUUUCGAAUUAGUUUACCGAGGUAUUUUAGUGAGGAUUUCGGUGAUCCGCGUGAAUUUGGGGCUGGACAGUGGGAUUUUUGGAUUAUGUCGUGGAAGGAAUUAAGAGGACGAUGUUGAGCGGAUAAUGCGAAGAGUUUUGACGCGAUAUGACGACUGUUCCGUAGACGCAUCGACCUCCGAAAACGAUUCAUCGAGUCCAUUCGAAAUUGAUCUGUUGAAUCCAAGGCCACGGAACAAAUCGAGAGUGCGAGGGAGUCGGAGACUUUCGAGAUUCGUUCGCGCGCGCUCUUGUUUCGCCAAUUGCCCCGACACACCACUCGCUAAAUUACCUCCGGAGCAACCUCGUUGCACCUUGGCGGAAGGUAAAUAUUCGAGAAUCGGAGAAAUCAGCCGGUCCGACGUUGAAUCGAGGAGAGACCGAGGGGAGGUCGGAAUUCCGAGGAUCAUCCAAGCGAUACGUCAUCACAGCGAAAAACCGAGCGUUAAAGAGAGUGAGGAAAAACCAUUUCGUAGAAGAGUUCGCGUGCAAAAUAGCAAAAGUAGCGUCGUCGUACUUUACGACGCGGAGAGCAACGAGGAAAAAAGGGCCGAUUCGUCCUCUCCUUCUGCCUCCGUUCGCUCGCCCUUGUCCUCGUGUUCGUCCUCGCCGUCGAAAGCUCCUCCCGUUCGCCUGUCAAAAUCUGAAAAAACCCUCGUUACCGUCGCCUUGCCGGCGAUCGCGGAGCAACCCAGAGACGCGAUAAAAAAAUUGGAAGCCAACGCUCGACCCUUCCUCCCGGGCGCACCCGCCGCAACACCUGAAACUACUUCGCCCCGGGCGAAAGAAAGCCCGGACUCUCGACGCCGAAAACGACGAUCCGCCAGAUUCAACGCCCGGAAAAACCUCCGAGGCAAAAGAGUCGCCAGCAGCUGGGAUUUCGAACGAGAGCAUCGUAACCGAAAUUCGAAGGAACGAUGCCGAACAGCUGAAUCCUUCCCUCGAUGCUUGAUGGCUCAUCGCUCUUCUUGUUCAAGGAAAAUUGAAAGUCGGGAAAGAUCGAAGCAGCAGGAGGAGCGAGUGUCCGGAGAAACUUCUCGAGUCGCUUUUCUCAUGCGACACAUGCAGAAUCAGCAACGAGAAGCCCGGCAACGCGGAGAUUCCCAGGGCCCCGAGGACCCCUCGAACCAGGACAAACGAGAGUUCCCCUUCCAAGAAACUGCCAGUGGGAACUUGAAGAUCGUGCCGAACCAGGUCGUAUUCGAGUCGAAAAGAGUGAGCGUUCUCGUGGCCGAUCCGCGUCACACGAGGGUCAACGUCAAAGCGGAAAUCGGCAAGGGAGCCGAAGAAAUCGGCGUGGUGAACGAGGAAGCCAGCGAAUCGGCGGAGACUCGCUCGCGACAAGUCGAAGAAUCGUCCUCGGGCUACGUCCCUCGAACUCGGCCCUUCAGAUCUUCGUCGCUCCAUAUCCGCCCGGAAGAAAUGGAGGAAAAUCGCGGAGCCGAGAACGUUCAGCAUCGAUCAGCGACGGCACCGAGCAACCACGAAGUUCCCCUCUCCUCGCUCGGCUUCACCGGAGAACAACCGAUCGAUUGGCAAAAUAUUAUUCUACCGGAAAAGACGGAUCUGUAUCGGGAGCUUGCGAGACGAAUCACGAAUUACAAAAACGCCGACUGCAUCGUCCGCCUCGGCCACGACGAGUUCCACUGUCACCUGCUCGUGCUGCAGAGUUACAGCAGCUACUUCGACGAAAAGAAUUGCAAGGAGGUUGAUCUAACCGGGAGCAGCGUAACGUCCAAGGCUUUUGGCAUUAUUUACGAUUGGAUGAUAAGCCCGACGAGCGAGAGUUGUCAUUUGCUGAGAAGGGACAACAUUCUCGAGAUUUUUAUGGCCGCGCAGCAGCUCGGGAUCAAAGAACUGGAGGAGCAGUGCUGGGCGUUCAUCGACAACGACGAGCUCUUCACCGAGGACACCGCAUUUUUGCUGUACCUCGAAGCCCGAAAGAUCGGUAACACGGCGGUGAUGGAACUGAUGGUGCCAAGAAUCAUGAAAUUCUUCUUGAUGCUCGUCAGCACGCGGGACUUUUUGGAGCUCUCGAUCGACGAGCUCUGCCUGCUUUUGCGCUCGAAUUACAUAUGCGUCAACAGCGAAAUGGAGGUUCUGAUGUCGGCGGUUCGGUGGCUCAUGCACGAUUGGCAAGCCCGCAAGCAGCACAUGAUUCAAGUCCUCAAGUGCGUCAGGUUCGGGCUCAUCGCGCCGUGGCAGCUCAUCGACGUCAAACGGAAUCCCGAGAAUCCUGAGUUCAUGGAGCUCAUGUCCUACCCCGAGAUCCAGAAAAUGGUUGACGACGGUUUAGCUUUCGUCAUAAUAAAAUAUUGGUACGGGAAUCAAACCGAGGAUUAUUAUCACUGGAUCGACCUGCUGGGCCUCACGGAGCCGACGAACCGCAACUGGGCUGGCGAGGACAAAAACUACGUCACCUACCGGGAGUUUUUGCUCUACCUCGAAGAGUACCAGCGAACCAAAAUGCCGGAGUUAAAGUCGAGAAAAACCGGGGAAUCGAGGUCCAGUCCACGGCAAAAAGAUACCGCAGCCGGGGCGAGUUACUCGUCGGGGAAAACUGAAUCCGGGAAGCCCGACACUUGUUCGAUUAUCCCUGCCCCAGGUGGAGACGGAGGCGGCGCAGGGAGAGCACCGAACGACGCUCCAAAGUCGGAUAAAUACAGUGGAAAUCGGAUGGCAGGCGCGUCGGGCAUGGGCUUGGGGCCUCCGCCAUUGGGGAUGCCCGGGGCGGCGGGGAUGAUGCCACCGGAAAUCCUCGGAGAUUACUUGAUCAAUUUCGACAGAAGAGUGAAAGGGACGACUUUUAGGCACUUGUCGAGCGAACAACGAGCGAGCCUCGCCGUCCCCGAUGAGGCUUCCGGAAGAGGAUCGACGAAGGUCGCAGAAGCGAGUCGACGGAGGGAGACCGCGGCGAGAAAGGCCGAGAAACGCGCGGAUGGAAAGCGCCCGAAUUACGAGGAAGGCUACUCGAGCAAAUCGGAAGAAGAGGCUGCGACGACGAUCCAAGCGAUCUUCCGAGGCUACAAAACUCGCGCGAAAUAUCACGAGAUUCGGAAGAGCUGCUCCGCCGAGGAGAGACAAAAAACGAGGAAAAUUGCUGAGUUGUUAGGAAAGGGCGAGAAACCGCGCGCCGAAUCGGUCAGACUUUCCGUCAGUUUGGCCAGCCGGAGCAAAAACGAGCAACGAGAAUCAAAGAUUCCCCGACGAUCACCGAGCCCUCGGAAAAAAAGGCUCGAAUUCACCGGCCGCGAAGAUCGCCCCGCCGCGUCCAAAGUUUUCGAAGGAUUGCGCUUGGACGUUCCCAGAUCGGAGGAUACAAAUCGGCACAGAGAAACCGGCGACUCCGUCCGGACUAUCCAUCGUCCGGGAGUCUUCCACAGCUUCGAUGAGAAAACGUCGUCGAUCUCGCAGUCCGAAAACACCGACACUGAGACCGACGCUUUUUCACCGAGAACCAACAACCCCUCGGUCGCCAAUUUCGCCUGCUAUCAAAGCCUAGUCAUUCGGACGAGCGACAGCCUCAUCGGCGAAAGCGGCUCGACCAGCCUCGAUUUUCACGGCAAAGAUUCUUUGUUCUUUACAAACUGCGAAUCGAUCCUCGUCCUGGGAGGUCUCGACCCCCACCAGGAAUACGGAAUCGGUGGCAACACCGCCAAGGACAUGUACCGAUUCAAAUCGUUGGAGAACGAGUGGGAAUACGUUGGCGAGAUUCCGGAACCGCGGCAUCGCCAUUCGACCGUUUACUUCGGAGGGAAAAUUUAUUUGGUUGGUGGAGCCGAUCCGCGGAUCGAAAAUAUCGAGCGACGCGAACCGGUGGUCGGCAGCGUUUGGAGCUUCGAUCCUGCGACGAGGGUUUGGUUCAAAGAGGCGGCUAUGUUGACCCCGAGAAAAGACUUCGGCCUGGUCGUCUCCAACGGGAAAAUCUACGCGAUCGGUGGCCAAGACGAGACCGGAUCCGCCCUCAAAAGCGUCGAAGCGUUCGAUCCUUCGAAAGGAGAAUGGCGGGAAAUGCGACCGAUGAGUGCUCCGCGAAUCGGACCCGCCGCUGCCAAGUACCGGGAACUCGUAUGGGUCGGUGGAGGAAAGACUUUCAGCAACUCCAAAAAGGAGAUUCUCACACGAGAAGUCGAGUGCUACGAUCCAUUGAACGAUUGUUGGCUAAGAGCGGAGCCCUUAAAGUCGCCCCGAUGUUUUGCCUCGCUGUACGCAAUCGGGGAUUGCCUUUACGCGGUCGGGGGAGUCGCAAAAACGAGCGGAAUCGAUGCCGCCGGUGCGAUAAGCGAAAGUAUCGGGAGCGUCGAUAUUUUCGAUCGGAAUACAUGCCUCUGGCGCCAUCACGGCGAAAUCGGUAUCGCGAGACACGGACAAGCGAUCGGUUCGAUCGCCGAUCAGCUGCUCGUCAUCGGUGGCCAGACGACCGUUUACAUGAAAAGUCUCAGAAGCGUCGAGUGCUACUGCUGUCAAAGUCGCAAAAUUAUCAAGGGAGUCGCCUCCUUGCCGUACCCCCUUUCUGGACACGGAAGCGUCACUUUGCCUGCUGCUAAGCUGCUUACAACUGUCUGACAAUUCGUGUAAAGUUUCUCUCGAAUUUUAUGCGUUGAUAAAACUAUUUAAUUGUACAUUAUCGAAAUCGACCUUGCGACGUUGUUUCAAUCGAUUUUUUUUAUCGAGAAUAAUAAAAGUAUUGAAAACGCGUUUUUGUGGAGAAAAAUUCGUUUUUUGGAAUUUUUUCAAAAAUUUUUCUCGUUUUGUGAACUUUUCAUAUCGUCAGUUCGAUUAUAAAAAAUUUUCUUCGUUAUAAAAAAAACGAAGAAAAUGGUGUAUUUACGAACUCUUUCAUCACUUAUGGAAAGCAGGGCGAUUCCAAUGUUCCUAACUGUCGCCACAUUCUUUCAACUUAAUCGCAAAAUAAAUAGUGAAGGAAACGUGUA